AGCCUGCCUUAUGAUACCGUGCCAUUCUCAUUCCUGCUGUUCAUUUUUUAUUUUUUCUUUUUUCCUAGCCUUACCUAUAUAAAAAGGAGACAUAGAAGUGUGUGAAAUCAGACCUGUCCUAGAGCUUGACAUUCGUACCGGAAAAGCCGGACAUUGCCGACGGUCAAAAUGGCAGCAGAUAAUACAACCGGUGCAGAUAUCGCCCAGCUUCCCAGCCCUGAGCAGAUUAUCUGCAUCUUGAAGAAAGAAGGAGUGGCGAAGGAUACGUACGAAAUAUUCUCGUUCGAGCAGAAGGAGCAAGACGGAAAAUCCUCAUUUACGCUACAUCGCUCAUCUCAUGUUAAAGGCGAGGAUGACAAGGCCUUACAAACCCUCAUCGACGAUUUUCAGGUUGCCGGUGCGCCCGCACACUUACAGUCGGGCCCACAGCGCCGCGUCCACGUCGUUGUGUCCGUACGCUCGGGCACCGGGCUUAGCGCGCAGUUCUACGAGAAUGUCCUUGCGCCAUUACUUGAGGCGCUCGGCCUCUCGGCCUCAGGAGAAGAUCCAGGGCAGAAAGCAUCUUAUCACCUACUCGUCACGCAAGAUGCAGAAAGCGUGAAAAACUUCGCCAAGGACCUCGCAGUCCGGGACCGAGCCGAGACAGGUGUCGAGCACACGGUCGUACUGCUCAGCGGCGAUGGCGGCGUGAUAGACAUGUUGAACGGCUAUGCGUCAGAGAGCGCCGAUAUAACCUCUUCGAGUCCGCCGCUCAUCGCCAUUCUACCCCUAGGCACAGGCAACGCACUAUUCAAUUCGCUGCACAAGAAGGCAACAACACCAGCAUCCUCGGAUCUCGUGCAGGGACUGCGCACGUUGCUCCGCGGAACAGCUGCCCCGCUUCCCUCCUUUAAAGCCGUAUUCCCAACAGGCUCGCGCACAAUCACAUAUUCGGAGACUGGGGACAACUCUACGACGGCUUCGACUCCUAGUCUCGGGGAACAGGCUGAGUACAUAACGCAUCUCUACGGUGUGGUGGUCGCGAGCUAUGGCUUCCACAGCCAGUUAGUCUGGGAAAGCGAUACGCCAGAGUACCGUAAGCACGGCGCAAAGCGAUUCCAGAUGGUCGCGGAGGAGCUGUUGAAGGAAAGUCACGCGUACCGUGCUACCGUGGAGAUCGCCCAAUCGUCUCCCGCUACGGGCGGAGGAAAAAUGAUGAAGAAAUUGGAUCGCGACCUGCACGCCUACAUCCUCGCGACGACCGUCUCGAACCUCGAGAAGACGUUCUGCAUCUCCCCCGCCAGCCAGCCUCUGGACGGGCAGUUGCGGCUCGUGCACUUCGGUCCCGCGGACGGGAAGAAGACGAUGGACAUCAUGAUGGCUGCUUACGAUGGCGGGAAGCAUAUCGGCAUGGACGGGGUGGGAUAUGAGGAGAUGGACGAGAUCAGGAUCACGACGCACGAAGAGGACGCGCGGUGGCGGAAGGUGUGCAUCGACGGGACUAUCGUCGAGAUCCCUGCCGGUGGAUGCAUGGUCGUUGAGAAGGAGGCGAGACGGCACUUGGGAGUGCUCGUAUAAGCCGACGGCACAGAGAAUUUCCUUGGUUUUAUAUAUACUUCCAGCUACUAGCUGGAGAUCCUAGAGUUUUUCACUUGAAAGCAAGCAUCGAACAUGGGAGCUUUGACCUAUUAUCUCUCGUUUCCACGCCCUUACCCCUUUGGCUACUGUGAGAUUGAAUUACAGACCUCCGUAAUACUACUUUAGAAUUAGAAAUUAGGCUU